GCAGCUGCCCAGAUCAAAACAAAAGGGAUGCGGGGGGAGGGGGCAGUUGGCACCGGCUUCUUCCUUUCAUUCCCUUUGAACCUUUCCUCUUCUGGUUGCUAAAGGAACAGGGAGUUUUCUUGAAGCAAAGAAAAAGCAGCACCUAUCGAGUACUCUGUUCACCAAACAUCCUAGCAUAGCUGCAGGGUUGGCAAACAGCCUUGUUGUGGAAAAUGGCCACCAAGGUGAAUGAGCAGAGCCUGGAUGCAUCCUGCAGUGACCCUGCAAAGGAGAGGGAUCCAGGUAGCACCAACAUGGCUGAGCAUCAGGACUUGGAUAGAGGCGAGGCCAAAGCAGCUGGUGAGUGUUCAGGAGGAGGAGCUGAACAUUCGGAGAUGACGCAGCAGCCUACGGAUCAGUGUCAAGCCCCAAGACUGCAGGUAAAACAAGAAGAGAAACCAAAAACUGAAAAAUCCUUGGUGCCCCCUGCUGCAGAGGCUUCUGUGUCCGUUCCAGUGCUGCCCUUGGGAGAAGGGAAAGGGGCAAAGCGGAUGAUGGAGGAUGAUGAUAGUGAUGCUGACAUCUUUAAAGAAAUGCCGGAUGUCUGCCAGGAGGCCAGAGAGCCAGGAAGGGCCAUGCUCCUGCCAGAUCUCUUUGGGGAGGCUCAGCAGGCUCAUAGCAGUCUGGCUGCUGGCCGGGCUGGAGGAUGUGCCAAGGUGGAGCAAGCCAUCCCAUGCCUGCCGAAUGUGGGCUCCGAGAACCAACGCAAACGCUUCCGGGGUUUUGCCUACAAAGAGACUGAAGGGCCCCAAGUGGCCUAUGAGCGACUCCAGGAACUGCUGUUCCAGUGGUUGAAACCAGAGGCCCGCAGCAAGGAGGAGAUUGUGGAGCAGUUGGUGCUCGAGCAGUUCCUGAACCUCCUCCCAGAGGAUGUCCAGCGCUGGGUUCGGGAACGUCACCCUGAAAAUGGGGAUGAGGCUGUAGCCCUGGCAGAAGACUACCAGUUUCUGCACCCUGAGCCUGGGAGACGGCCCUACCCAGAAAGGGCAAGGCAACGGUCUUCAGCAAGGAGUUGGCUCCGCUGAAGUCACUGAAUCAGACAAGCAGGACUGGUUACUGACUGAGAGAAUCAAAGACCUAGUUAUCUACCAAGCCAAGCGGGGGAAACCUAAAUGGGCCAGAGGAACUCAGAAAUCACUGUGCAGUUGCCGAGCAUGAAAAGACCUUUACACAGCCUUUCCCUGCACGGAGACCAUUAACUGGAGCAGAACCCUUCACAUCAUCUUACCUUUUUUUUGUGUAUACAUAAGGGGGAGAAGAAGGGGAAUUUCAAAAUCUUGCUUGGUCCUUUUUGCAGCUUAAAGAAUGCCCUCUGUCCACUAAUGCCAUGGGAAUAAAUUGGAGAAAGGACAAAGCAUGAAGGGAACUUGAGAGCUUUUCAAAAGGGGGGGGGCGUGACUUUGGAAUGUAUGUACAUAUGAGCAUUCUGAUAGGAUGCAGAAGGGAAGGAUCUUGUGAUGAAAAUGAUACCUGCCAGUCCGCCUCAGGUUGGUCUGAGGCAUCUGAGUCACCUUUUCCUCACCUCUUCCCCCACUCCUCAAACAGUCUCCCAUGCCCUCCUCCCAUCAGUUUAUGAUUGGCAAGAUAAUGUUUUCCCCUGUUUGCCCUCCUUGCUUUGUGUUCAGAGCGGUGCCUCUUAAUUUGGAAAGAUGGCCUGCCCUGCUCAUCCUGUCAGAAUUUGUGUGGGAAAUCUUGAAAAGUCACUUUGUACCACUCCCAAGACAUUUUGUGUGGCAGGGCAGACUUUGAACACCUUUGGCGAAUUCAGAGCUUCUGCCACAGGCCUAGCUCCUCACUAUCCAACAGCCCUAUAAACUGAGGCGAACUCUGUAUGUUGCAGGUACAAGGCAGUUGCUGCUUUCAAACACUUCCACAUCAUACAAGCCCUGCUGUUGCCAAUGUAGUUUGCCUUGAUCAUGUGGUGAGUCCCCGUGUCAUUGCUCUACCUCCCUCAGAGCUGUUGGCAUGGAGAUUUGCCAUGCAGUCUGGCAGACCUACAUGGGAUUCUCAUGUUGUGGUAUCCCUGAAGAGUAUAGCCACUCAAAAGCAUUUUGAACAAGCCACCAUGCAGCAACCUUAAAUUAAGCUUGCUUAAGGGAGAGUUUGUGUUACUGGUCAAAAAGGCAGACAUGGGCUCCAAGGUCCACCAUGACUGGCCUCAUAACCCACAGAAUUCUCCCUCCUUGCUUGUAACUAUUUUUCAGUAGUUUGUCAAUGCAUUUGAAGCCUACAGUACUUAUCUGUGAGCCAAAGUAGUCACGAUUUGAUGAACCAGCUGUUUGCUGGAUAUCAAGCAUUCUUCAGUGCUUCAAGCUGGGCUUUGUUUCUGCAACAUAUUUGAGGAAUGGAGUGGGAAGGGAAGGGUCUUUUCUGCGGCUCCCCCCAGGUUUGUAUUAGUGUGUUGAAAUGGGAGCAAAGUGUUUUCUUGCUUGUAGAAACUAGGUUUUUGAUACUCGUCCUGAUGUGAUGUAGCUUCCGCUUUCGCCUUGUAUCAGGUGAACUUUAGCCCUGCUUUCAUUUGUGUAAAUUUCUUGUGUGUGUGUUAUGUCCGUGGAUGAGCACAUGUAAUAAAGGAUCUUUCCCCCA